AUGCGACGCUCGUUGAAGCGUGUCUGGCUCGCUAGUAACGGCAUUGAGAGCCCGAAUACCUCGUUGCACCGACUCAAGCCGCUUCGUUAUCCAUUUUUAUCAAUCGUUUCGUCCUUUAGCAAGCUGAAUGAGACAAACGAUACCUUGAAUCUUCAUAACGAACAACGACUAGGUGAUGUAGUCUGGAAGCCCGAACACGAAUUUCCUGGUCGCUCUGUGAUCGAUCACCAUGCCAUGACUUUAUCACGCGAGCUGCAAGUUCUUCUUCGAAUUGCUCGUGUAUCGCUACACAGCAUUGCACAACCUGCGAGGCUCGUACUACUUGGUGUAUGCUCCACCGGUGUGCUUGGUCUCUCAACCUAUGAGGCAUAUCUGCUUCUAGAUCCGACGCUUCCCGUCACUGGAGAUUUGCUUUACUUUAUGUUCAAAUACUCGAUGCACAAUUUUCUUGCGAGUUGCAUUUGGGAAACGCGAGCGCCAGAGCUUGUAGCACAAGCAAUAGAUCUCGAUCCAACGCACAUACUUAGAGUUUUUCACCCUGAAACAUCAAGCGCUGAUGCAGCGUUGCAGCUGCGAAUUAUGAGCUUAUUCACUACUCGAGCAAUGCUGGCAGGAUUUAUGAUUGUAACGCAACUUUUAAAUAUUGUUCGGGCCAGCGGGAAAGCGGCAUCAGAGUAUUCGGAAAACGUGUACAGAGGACUAGAACCACCUUUGCAUGGACUUAAGGAACGAAUUAUUCGACUUGCAGGGCAAGAUAGUGACGUUACUGAAGUAUCUAUGGCACGAUAUGGAGCUCAUAUCCUUCCAGUGUUUGAAAAUCUUGAACGCCAUCGACAUCUCGUAGCACAGUGGUCGCUAGGGGGUCGAGUUCCGUGUUGUUGGAGUGUACCUACGGGAGAAUACGGCUUUCGUCACUCAUGGUCCGGUUUGCAUAUUGAUGAAUCAUUUCUACUGCGCACAACUACGGGUAAAUACAUAUUGUGCAUUGAGGCUGAUGCUACAUUAAAAGAUCGAGCGUUUGAGUUGUUGGUUAUAUCGCCAACAACGCCUGCGUCAAUAAACGAAGAGCUCACAAUCGAAGAUGCUUCACAAGCCUAUCGACUUGUUGAGCGGCAGACAGCGCUGGCUCUCCGUAGACCAUUUCGAAGUCUUUGUGUGCUUUUAGGAGACUCUCGUCAGCCAUGUGAUCUUGGUGGAGAAUCAUUCGUGACACUGCGUGAACGAAUGCGUCUUAAGCAGGAGGUGAACGUGCUGAUCGACUCAAAAGCACCUCCCUUGAUUGAGGUGCUGAAAUGGUGCGGGCGCUUUGUGGAUGAUCGAAAGACAUUAGUUCUGGACGUCACACCACACAAUUUUACGCCGCUAAAGUUAGUUUUAGAGCAUCAUGGCUAUGCCGUCCUUACUCCAGCAGAGGCUGUGGAAUUUGAGGAGGCUGAGCGUGCUGAAAUCGCUGCUGUGGCAAAAGCCAAAAUUGAAGCAGAAGAAGAGGAGAAGCGACAUCGGCAAGGGCUAGAGGAACAAGAACGUGUACUGGCAGAUGCAUUGUGUCACGAUGAUCCUGUGCUUGAUGCGGUGUAUAAGACAGAAAAAAUUGUUCAGGCAGCAGAAAGAAUUGGUGAGGCCACAGAAGUCAAAAACACGACACAGGAGCAGGUAAAGGCUGAAAAUACGACAAAAUACAAUAGCAAUGAGGCGAAGACUUCUGAUAAACGAAACGAGGCAUCUGCUACACGAAGAGGAAAGCAUCCUGAAAAGCUCCCUAGACUUCUGUAUUACCCAACAACUGCAGCUACUAUCAAUGCGGUACAUUCAACGAUGACUUCCGGAGAUGGCUUAUCAGAUCCACGCCGAUGUUGCGUGCUGAUCAAUCAAUCUUUUGGUCUUGAGCAUCUGAAUGAACUGGCCAAUAGUGCCGGCGAAAAAUUUCAUCCUGUGUGCGCAGCCGAGAUAUACGAUGACUAUUACCGCCAAGUGCGAAUCUGGACGCGUAUGGGUCAUUCCGCCGCUGUUAUCCAGCGUGAGCUUGAUCAACGCUUUGAGCCUGUUCGAGAUGUUCUUGACGCCAUUGCAGCGUUGAAGCACGAAGUUUCAAGUGAGAAUAGCGUGCAAUUGCUUCAUCAAAGGCAAAGUAUGACAUGA